GUUAACCUUGUAUUAUGUUGGAAUAGGAGUUACUGCCUUGAUUUUUGGCUACAUACAGAUUUCGUUUUGGGUUAUGACUGCAGCUCGACAGACCAAGAGAAUUCGAAACCAGUUUUUUCAUUCAGUUUUGGCUCAGGACAUCAGCUGGUUUGACAGCUGUGACAUCGGUGAACUUAAUACUCGCAUGACUGAUGACAUCAACAAAAUCAAUGAUGGUAUUGGAGACAAGAUUGCUGUGUUGUUUCAAAACAUGUCUACUUUUUCUGUUGGCCUGGCAAUUGGUUUGGUGAAGGGCUGGAAACUCACACUGGUGACUCUGUCCACAUCCCCUCUUAUAAUUGCUUCAGCAGCCAUAUUCUCUAGGAUAGUUAUUUCAUUAUCCAAUAAGGAAUUAAAUGCCUAUUCCAAAGCUGGCGCUGUAGCAGAAGAAGUCUUGUCAUCAAUCCGAACAGUCAUAGCCUUUGGGGCCCAGGAGAAAGAAAUUCAAAGGUAUACGCAGAAUCUAAAAGAUGCAAAGGAUGUUGGUAUAAAAAAAGCUAUUGCUUCAAAACUCUCUCUUGGAGCUGUAUACUUCUUUAUGAAUGGAACCUAUGGACUUGCUUUUUGGUAUGGAACCUCCUUGAUUCUUAGUGGAGAACCUGAUUAUACCAUCGGAACUGUUCUUGCUGUUUUUUUUAGUGUAAUCCAUAGUAGUUAUUGUAUUGGAGCAGCAGCCCCUAACUUUGAAACGUUCACUAUAGCCAGAGGAGCCGCCUUUAAUAUUUUCCACAUUAUUGAUAAGAAACCUACUAUAGAUAACUUUUCAACAACAGGCUAUAAAUUGGAAUGCAUAGAAGGAACUGUGGAAUUUAAAAAUGUUUCUUUCAGUUAUCCAUCAAGACCAUCUAUCAAGAUUCUGAAAGGUCUGAAUCUCAAAAUUAAGUCUGGAGAGACAGUAGCCUUGGUCGGCCCCAACGGCAGUGGGAAGAGUACGGCAGUCCAGCUUCUGCAGAGGUUAUAUGAUCCUGAUGACGGCUUUAUCACUGUGGAUGGUAACGACAUCAGAACUUUAAAUGUGCAGCAUUAUCGAAAACAUAUUGGAGUGGUCAGCCAAGAGCCUGUUUUGUUUGGAACCACCAUUAAUAACAAUAUUAGAUAUGGACAAGAUGGUGUGACUAAUGAAGACAUUGAGAAAGCAGCAAAGGAAGCAAAUGCUUAUGAUUUUAUAAUGGAAUUUCCCAAGAAAUUUAAUACCUUGGUGGGGGAAAAAGGAGCUCAAAUGAGUGGAGGACAGAAACAGAGAAUCGCAAUUGCUCGAGCUUUAGUUCGAAACCCGAAGAUUCUGAUCUUAGAUGAGGCUACGUCUGCCUUAGAUACAGAAAGCGAAUCAGUAGUUCAAGCUGCACUGGUGAAGGCAAGCAAAGGUCGGACUACAAUUGUAGUAGCUCACCGGCUUUCCACUAUUCGAAGUGCAGAUAUGAUUGUGACCAUAAAAGAUGGGAUGGUGGUGGAAAAAGGGACACAUGCUGAAUUAAUGGCAAAACAGGGUCUAUAUUAUUCACUUGCAAUGUCACAGGAUAUUAAAAAAGCUGAUGAACAGAGAGAAUCGGUGACUUAUUCUGCUGAAAAAGAUACCAGCUCAACUCCUCUGUGCUCUGUGAAUAGCAUGAGGUCAGAUUUUACUGACAAGUUUGAGGAAUCCACCCAAUAUAAAGAGACAAAUCUUCCUGAAGUUUCUCUAUUAAAAAUUUUUAAAUUAUAUAAGUCUGAAUGGCCUUCUGUGGUUCUGGGGACACUGGCUUCUGUUCUAAAUGGAGCUGUUCAUCCAGUAUUUUCCAUCAUCUUUGCAAAAAUUGUAACUAUGUUUGAAAAUGAUGAUAAAACCACAUUAAAACAUGACGCAGAAAUUUAUUCCAUGAUAUUUGUAAUUUUGGGUGUUAUUUGCUUUGUCAGUUAUUUUAUUCAGGGAUUAUUUUAUGGCAGAGCAGGGGAAAUCUUAACCAUGAGAUUAAGACACUUGGCAUUUAAAGCCAUGUUAUAUCAGGAUAUUUCCUGGUUUGAUGAUAAAGAAAACAGCACAGGAGCCUUGACAACAAUGUUAGCCAUAGAUAUAGCACAAAUCCAAGGAGCAACAGGUUCAAGGGUUGGUGUCUUAACACAAAAUGCAGUUAAUAUGGGACUUUCAGUUAUCAUUUCCUGCAUGUGCGGAUGGGAGAUGACACUGCUGAUUCUGAGUGUUGCUCCAGCACUCGCUUUCACAGGAAUGAUUGAGACAGCAGCAAUGACUGGAUUUGCCAACAAGGAUAAGCAAGCACUUAAGCGUGCUGGAAAGAUAGCAACUGAAGCUGUGGAGAACAUACGUACUGUAAUGUCAUUAACAAGAGAAAAAGCCUUUGAGCAAAUGUAUGAGGACGCGCUUCAGACUCAGCACAGAAAUACCUUGAAGAAAGCACAGAUCAUUGGAAUCUGUUAUGCAUUCAGCCAUGCCUUCGUAUAUUUUGCCUAUGCAGUGGGAUUUCGAUUUGGAACUUACUUAAUUCAAGCAGGACGAAUGACCCCAGAGGGCAUGUUCAUAGUUUUUACUGCAAUUGCAUAUGGAGCUAUGGCCAUUGGAGAAACACUUGUUUUGGCACCUGAAUAUUCGAGAGCCAAAUCUGGGGCUUCACAUCUGUUUGCUUUGUUGGAAAAGAAACCAACUAUAGACAGCUAUAGUCAAGAAGGGAAAAAAACAGACAUGUGUGAAGGGAAUAUACAGUUCCGAGAAGUCUCUUUCUUUUAUCCAAGUCGCCCAGAUGUCCUAAUCCUUCGCAGUUUAUCUCUCAGUAUUGAGAAAGGGAAGACAGUAGCAUUUGUUGGAAGCAGUGGCUGUGGGAAAAGCACUUCUGUCCAACUUCUGCAGAGAUUUUAUGACCCAGUGAAAGGACAAGUGCUAUUUGAUGGUGUGGAUGCAAAGGAACUGAACGUACAGUGGCUCCGUUCCCAGAUAGCAGUUGUGUCUCAAGAGCCUGUGCUCUUCAACUGUAGCAUUGCUGAGAACAUUGCCUAUGGUGAUAACAGCCGUGUUGUGUCAAUGAAUGAGAUAAAAGAAGUAGCAAACGCAGCGAACAUCCACUCUUUUAUUGAGGGUCUCCCUGAAAAAUACAACACACACGUUGGACUGAAAGGAACACAGCUUUCUGGCGGCCAGAAACAAAGACUAGCUAUUGCAAGGGCUCUUCUCCGUAAACCAAAAAUUUUAUUGUUGGAUGAGGCCACUUCAGCUCUUGACAAUGAGAGUGAAAAGGUGGUUCAACAUGCCCUUGAUAAGGCCAGGAAGGGGAGGACCUGCAUAGUGGUGGCUCACAGACUCUCCACGAUACAGAACGCAGAUCUGAUAGUGGUUCUGCACAAUGGAAAAAUAAAGGAACAAGGAACUCAUCAAGAGCUCCUGAGAAAUCGAGACAUAUAUUUUAAGUUAGUAAACGCACAGUCAGUGCAAUGAUGCUGCUGGAGCUAACACAUAUUUUGAUCUUUGUGUAACGUAAAGAAAGA